AUGUUGAUAGAUUUCGUCGCUUCUCUUGGCGAGUUCAUGGGUACGACCAUGUUCUUGUUCUUCGCCUUUGCCGGUACCCAAGUGGCCAACAUUGGUGCCGGUGACAACGCCAAUCAAUCGACUACGAAUGCCAACACUGGUUUCAGCCCGAUUGUGUUGAUGUACAUCUCCCUCUCGUUUGGCUUCAGUUUGAUGGUCAAUGUGUGGAUUUUCUUCCGAAUCUCUGGAGGACUUUUCAAUCCUGCGGUCACUCUUGGCAUGAUCAUCGUCAAAGGUGUCGGCAUCGUGAGAGGUAUCCUCCUCAUCUGCUCGCAACUUCUCGGCGCAAUUUUCGGCUCGUUCUUGGUCUCAGUCCUGUUUCCAACGACGUUCAACGUGCGAACCACUUUGUCAGAAGGCACAUCGAUCGCACGCGGAGUCUUCAUCGAAGCCAUUCUCACCGCCGAGCUCGUCUUCACCAUCUACAUGCUGGCAAACGAAAAGCACAAAGCCACCUUUAUGGCACCUGUCGGUAUUGGUCUCGCUCUCUUCAUUGCAGAGUUGAUCGGAGUCUACUACACCGGUGGUAGUCUUAACCCGGCGCGAUCUUUCGGACCAUGCGUGAUCUCUGGCAUUUGGGACGAGGAACACUGGAUCUACUGGGUCGGACCUUGCGUCGGCGCAUGCAUCGCAUGGGCAUUCUACCGAGUGAUCAAGAUGCUCGAGUACGAAAUGGCGAACCCGGGACAAGAAUCCGCGAGUAAAGAGGAAGCCGCGGAAGAAGCCGAGGAGAUGACACCGAAGAAAGAGACGGUUUAA